UCUAACGUGCCUGCUUGCUAGUCAAAAUGUGUUUGCGAGUUUAAAUUAAAGCCAUUUAAACGCAAGAAGUCCCCGAAGUCAUGGCUUCACGGAGCUACCGCGCGCGUGUCCUCUGUCAGAGGGCGGUUGUCGUGAAGAUAAUGAGCAGGGGAAUGUGUGCAGCGGCGGCACAGUCCCAGGCAGCUUUCCUAAAAGGAGAAUCCCACAAGAAGCAUCCGGGUGUGACCAACCUGAAAACUCUGCGCCUACCAGACGAACUCCAGACGGCUGCACGGUCAAUUAUUCAGAGAGCUCGGGUGGCUCAGCUGACCGAACGCUCUCAAAGCCUCACGAACUUCCUGUGGAGCAAAAAAAGAGCCGUCGAGGAUUUUACUCUGAGGCAGAAAGCUGUGAGCCUGGAGAAAGAACUCUGGGAGAAAGAGAUGGAGAAGAUAGGAGAUAUUGAUGAAGAAUUGAUUGAAGACCGCAUCAAAAAGAAAGUGAUUUCAGAGCUUAAAAGAACUACAUAUCACUGGACUCCCAUGAAGUACGAUGAAGAUUUGUCGGUGGUGUACAUGGCGGCUCGGCUGGCUGGAGGCUACGCAGCAGUGAGGAGAGCUUUGAAUGAGAUCCAGAAGAGGGAUCCUUCUUUUGCCCCUCAGACUCUCCUGGAUUUUGGAUCGGGGCUGGGAUCAGUGCUCUGGGCGUCACACUCGUGCUGGGGUGACACCUUGAAGGAGAUGGUGUGUGUGGACAGCUCCGGGCCCAUGAACGUCCUGGCAGAGCGACUUCUGAAAGGUGACGACGAAAAAGCCGAACCUCACAUCAAACAAGUCUAUUUCAGACAGUUCCUCCCCGUCUCUCCUAAGGUGCAGUUCGACGUGGUGGCCGCAGCCUUCACCCUGUCGGAGCUUCUGAAUGCAAAGGACCGAGAAGAGGCGGUGUCGACUCUGUGGAGGAAGACGAGCUCGUACCUGGUUCUGGUGGAAAAUGGGACGAAAGAAGGCCAUCAGAUGCUCAUGGAGGCCAGAUCCACUUUAUUAAAGAAACAAGACAAGAUCAUCCAUGACAGCAGACCGGCGUCGGUGUUCGCUCCGUGUCCUCACGAACUGACGUGUCCUAAACUGGCCCUCAGACCCAACACGCCCUGCAACUUCCAGCAGAUGUACUACCCGCUGCCGCUCCCGGGGCACAACGAGCGGCUGAUGGAGAAGUUCAGCUACCUGAUUGUGAGUCGGGCGGAACCGGCGGAGGCAGAAGCCGGCGGCGGCGUGGACUGGGCCCGGCUGAUCGGGCCGGUGCAGAGCAGAAGCAGACACGUCCACUGUCGCAUGUGCUGCCCCGACGGACGCCUGCAGCACCUGGUGGUGACGGCACGGAAACACAGCCGAGACGUGUACCGCUGCGCCCGGAGCAGCGACUGGGGAGAUCAACUGCCAAUCAUUCAGAGAGUCGACGACGCCGACGCCCAGAGUGAUGAAGAGUGAUGAUUCAGCAAUAAAGAGACAUUUUCUGGAGACCACUGAAAUUGAAACAAGACGUUUCCUCACCGGAGUUAUUACAACACUGACUAAUAUUCCUCCAAUAAAAAAAAAAGUCCUGACAUAA